CGGAGGUUCCAGACGUGGCAAACAAAAAGACACGACACGAUUGCUUUGUUGGGGUUGAGGGGCAACCACAAAAAGAUCCUCCAAAAUUUGGAUACCAGCAACGACGGCUCCCCAUCGACGAUGGAAAGUCGUCUGGAGAGCGUUGCUCGUUUGAUUUCGCCUGUCGAUGGGUCAACGAAGAUUGAGGGUUUCGAACAAGCUGGCGACUUUAACGGGCUCGGUGCUAGAAUCCUUUCUGGCCGCCCCGAGUUGGGGCAUUUUGAUUACUUGUCGAGACCCAGCCAAAUCUACCCGUUCGUCAUUGGUAGUGAAAGCUUGGGUUUGUGUGCUGGAAAGACAUCGCUAGAAAUCCUGCGACUCAUUGGAUUCGACGACAAAUAUAUCCAGAACGAGUUAAAGAAUGGAGCAGAGUUCCGCAUGGUCCUCUUUGCCGCUGAUGAGACGUUUCAGAUGGUGUCUCCGACAUGGGACAAUCUGCUGGCUUUGACCUACGCUGAAUCUAUGGAAGCCGGAAAACGCUUGGAGAAACACUUGCCCGUACUCAAGCCCAAGCCUUUUGACGAACUCGUGGCCGAGACUGGUAUCGAUUUUGAUUAUUUGCCAGGCGACAUGCACCGCAGUGUAAACACCAUACACAAAUACGCUGCUUUGCCGGAUGAAUGCGAUACCGUGGCACAUGCUCGAGCCUUUUUGAGCGCCACUUGGAAGUGUACCCGCCUCUUCCAAGGGGACGGUUAUACAAUGGAUGAACUGGGCAACCGAGGCGUCCGCGAAUUCAUCUGCCCAAGACGAAAAGUGACCGACAUUCAACACGUGUGGAUAAAUCUUCCGCUGGACCUUGGAGUCUUUGAGGUUGACAGUACCGAUAGACAGUAGUAUGCGAGAGUAAUUCUCAUUCACUAAUCGUGCUUUCGUUGAUUUUUCAGCUGAAAAGCAAUCGUUGUUUUUCGAGCUAAAUAGCGUGCCUA